AUGAGUGAUACUAAAGAGACGGUUCUUACAAACAAUGAAGAAAAAUUAGACGUUGAACCAAAAAAAGAUAUUAAAGAAGAAGUAAAACCAGAAGAAGUAAAACCAGAAGAAGAACACAAAGAAGAAGUAAAACCAGAAGAAAAGAAGAAUGAGUCUAAUGAACAAAAAGUAAAAGUUAUUAUGGUAGGAGAGUCUUCUGUUGGUAAAACAUGUUGUAUGAAUAGAUAUGUUAGUAAUGAAUUUGCUGAACAAACCAAAGCAACCAUUGGAGUUGGAGUAGGAAGUAAAGAAGUUGAAGUUGAAGGAAAACAAAUUAAACUUCAAAUUUGGGAUACAGCUGGACAAGAACGUUUUGCUACUUUAACUGGUAAUUAUUUUAGAAAUGCUAUGGCAGCUAUUAUUAUGUUUGAUGUAAGUAAUAAAGAGUCAUUUGAAAACAUUCCUAAUUGGGUUGAACAAUGUUGUAAAUGUGAUGGUAAACAUAUUAUUUUCAUUGCUGGUAAUAAAAUUGAUUUAGAAGAUAGAGUUGUUAGUAAAGAAGAAGCUGAAGAAAAAGCCAAAGAACUUAAAUUAAAAUAUUUUGAAGUCUCUGCUAAAACAGGUGAUGGAAUUGAAGAUUUGUUUAAUGAAUUAAUUAAAGAAAUCAUGAAGACUCCAUUUUGUAAUGAACAGGAAAAAGAAGGAGUUGAAUUAGAUGGUCAAAAGAAACAAAAGAAAGGAGGAUGUUGUUAA